AUGGCAUCUGCUAAUUAUCCAAAAGCGUCAUCCGGCGGCCAUGCGGCAGUAAAUCAGAGAGUGUCCGAUAUUAAAAAUGAGCCGAUAACUAUGCUGUCACCCAUUGAAGGCUAUGAAAGUAAUCCAAUCUUGCCACUUGAGAUAAGCGUAGAAUCAUUGGAAACUAUGAUAUCAAAUAUUGCGCGCAAUGCAUGGAUUGCCAAAGAGAGAACUGCAGAAAAACCAUCGAAUGAUCUCACUCAAGAAGAAUCAGCAGCGAUUCAUCUUUAUACGAUGGAAUGGAAACCGGCUGAUAAUUCACUUUAUGCACUUCUUAAUGCAGCUCUUCGCGCUGAAGAUCGUGAUCGUCUCGUGCCUUAUUUUUUUUAUCUUAAAUUAUUUCUAUCGGCUCUAUGGAAACUUCCAUCUGUGAAAAAAACUGUAUGGCGUGGAGUGAAAGCUGAUCUCAGCGAACAAUAUUCUGUCGGAAAGGCAUUCGUAUGGUGGGGAUUCAGCUCUUGUACAGAAUCUUUGAAUGUACUCGAAUCUGAAAAAUUUCUUGGUAAAACAGGUGUAAGAACACUAUUCAAUAUCGAAUGUGAAGCGGGCAAAGAAAUUCAUCAGCAUUCCUAUUUUAAAGAUGAAAGUGAGAUUCUUCUUUUACCAGCCACUCAAUUUCAAGUGUUGGGUAAAAUCAAUCCAGCGCCUGACCUUCAUAUAAUCCAUAUCAGAGAGACAAAACCUCGAUAUGUUCUUCUGCAACCACCGUUUCCCAACGAUUCACCUUCAACAGGACCAGUUGCUACAAACAUUAUUCAGACUGGGGAGAAAGCGUCACAUUCAUCGACACCUCAACUGGCGACUAAGUCUUCUAAACCGGUACAGUCAUUAACAAGUAGUUUGAAACACAUCUCUCCAGCCGAUAACAAACCUUAUGAAAACCAAAAAUUAGAAGAGCGCAUUCGUCAAAAAGCUAAACUCGAUUUCGCUGAAUUCCGCGAGAGACACUUAACUGAUCAUGACAUGCGUCUGAUUGCUGACGAAUUGACAAGAAAUACCCAUUGGAAAACCCUUAGUUUGGCAGAGAAUGAUAUUGGCAAUGUUGGUGCGAGUCAUCUGGCUCACGCACUGAAGAACAACACGACUUUAAUCAAUUUUUAUCUAGACAAUAAUAGAAUUUCAGACAUAGGCGCCACUGAACUAGCUGCAAUGCUGCAACAGAACACCACUUUAUGGUCUCUAUAUUUAUCAAACAAUGAAAUCACUGAUUCUGGGAUGGCAUCACUCGCUGUUGGGUUAAAGUCUAAUUCCACAUUAAGACAUAUUAGUCUUGGGAAAAACAAAAUCACAGAUAAGAGUAUCGAAGCUAUUGCUGAUCUUCUUAUACAAAACAAAACACUUUUUAGUGUAAACUUAGCAGGCAAUGCUUUUUCUGAGGCUGGUAAAAUACAAAAUAUAGAAAAGCACAUUAUCGCUAAAAUUCGUCUCUAA